AGCAGCGAGAACAUCAAUGCAACUGGAUUCAUCUCUUGAUUGGAUUAUUAAACACAUUCAGUGGAUUUAAAACCAGCUCAACAUUAUGAUAAUAAUAAUAAAAUGGAGUAGCUAGACUUAAAGCUAUGUCACAUGAGGACACAUUCUUAUUAUUUUUUAAGAAGAACUUAUUAAAUAUGAUUCCAGUGCGUCUGAUCUCAGCUUUGAUUGUGGCGUGUGGUUGCUCCGUGCUCGCGGAGGCAAUGCACGCAAACUUCACUUUGGAUAAUGACAUCCAGUUCAGCUUCAUGCAGCGGCGGCUGAAGAGCCAGGAGCGCAGGGAGAUGCAGCGGGAGAUCCUCUCCAUCCUCGGGCUGCCGCACCGGCCCCGUCCGCUCCUGCACGAGAGGCACACCGCGGCUCCCAUGUUCAUGCUUGAUCUCUACAAUCGGUUCGUGUACCCGAUGGUGACCCAACAGGACAGUCGCUUCCUCAAUGAUGCCGACCCGGUGAUGAGCUUUGUCAAUCUGGUGGACCCAGAUGACGAUCUCUAUCAUCAGCACCGCAGAGAGUUUCGUUUCGACCUCUCCCGAAUACCGGUGGGAGAAACCCUGACUGCUGCGGAGCUUCGUGUUUACAAGGACUUUGUGAACGAGCGCUAUGAAAAUGAAACUUUCCGUGUCAGUGUGUUCGAGGUGCUCCGACAGCAGCCCAAAAGGGAGCUGUACCUGCUAGACUCGCGAGUGUUGUGGGCAGCAGAAGAGGGUUGGCUGGUAUUUGACCUCAAAGUCACCACUAACCACUGGGUUAUAAACCCAGGUCAGAACUUGGGACUGCAGCUAUCUCUGGAAACUGCACACGGUGAACGAAUAAACCCAAGGAGAGCAGGUCUGGUGGGCAGCCGAGGACCUCAGAACAAACAGCCAUUUAUGGUGGCAUUUUUGAAAGCAUCAGGAAUCCAUCUCCGCAGUGUUCGCUCAGCACCAGGAAACAAACAGAGGGGUCACCAGCGCUCUAAAAACCCCAAACCCGCUGUUGCACCCAGCCAGGUGGAUCUGAAGACAGCGGAGGCUGCAGAGGGCGCCAGCGUAGAUCCCAAACAAGGCUGCAAGAAGCAUGAACUGUAUGUCAGCUUCAGAGAUCUGGGAUGGCAGGACUGGAUCAUUGCUCCAGAGGGUUACGCGUCAUACUACUGUGAGGGAGAAUGUGUGUUCCCCUUAAACUCUUUUAUGAAUGCCACAAACCAUGCAAUUGUACAGACACUGGUCCAUUUCAUAAACCCAGAAACAGUCCCGAAGCCCUGCUGUGCUCCAACGCAGUUACACGGAAUCUCAGUUUUGUACUUUGAUGACAGUUCCAACGUAAUAUUGAAAAAGUACCGCAACAUGGUCGUCAGAGCCUGCGGGUGCCACUAAUCUGCCCUGGACAAAAUAAGGGAUGCAAAUACUUUUGACUCUCAAGAGCCCAGAGAGGAAAGAGACUCAUUACUGGAGCAAAACGGGACUUGUCGAAGGAGUGUAAAUCCAAAGCAUACAUUCAAUUUAAAACUCAAAACUCCUGGAGCUGUAUGAGGUUUACCAAAGCCGAGUCAAGUGUGUGGUGCUCUGGCUUUCACUCCUGCUCAGAGACACAAGUUUGGAAUAUCAAAGAGGACAUGAGCAG